ACCGGUGCGGAUCAGUUUAUUUCCGACCCUCGACGCGAAUCAACGUUUAAAUUAAGGCGCGCGCCUAGUAAGUGCCUACCAGUUAGUGAGUGUGAGCCAAUCAUUGCCCCGACCCGUAUAAAUUAUAAGAAGAUACACACGUAUAUAAUCAGCUGUCUCAACCACUGUACAAGUACUGCUUCCCGAUCCAGCGACGACUGAAAAGGCUCCAAAUUGGAUAAUCGACACUGAGUGCUCAGUUCAGUGGACUCGCCAUUUUCAGGCCGUAUGUACGCGCAUUAAAACCUGACCGGUUCAUGGAUAAACGAUAAUUCGGAACCUUUUCAUCCACGGAAAUCGGUGAAUUUUGCUGUUGCUAACAUACCCCGGAAAAGUGAUUCUUAACGACGACUGGCUACCCCAUAAAAGGAAAGGAAUUUAAAUAUCAUCUUACGGCAGUCUACCUUGUGAGUUGAACCCCACCACACCUGAGAGUCCCAUCACAAUAACAUGACUCACCUUCGAUCCCAAAUUGCGUGAGAUCAGCGAUCAUCGGUAAGCACCUGCCGGCACGUGACUUCCAGUGCAGCGAUUAACCGUUCUCGAUGAACAAGAUAAAAACUUUGCUCCACUCGACAUCAGUCGAUAGUGGCAUCACCUCAAAGCAGCGCAAAGCAAACCGGGCCAACAACAACGACCGGCUUGCCCCGGAGGUGGGCUUUAAGCUGAUACUCGAUCCAGGUCCAAGCGGUCGUCACAGCAGUAACGGUAACGAUAGAGUGGUUGAUUCAAACAACAGCAACAACAAUGAAUCAUCAACGGCUGCGGCGGUGGCGGCGGCGGCUAACGAUGAAAGCUCAUCAUCGCAUGUCACCGUUCCGGAACUGAAAGUACAACUAGUCGGCGCUCGCCAUCUACCGGGAAGCUUUGGACUGAAAAGUGUCGAGGGGUACAUGAUAAAGGUAAAGCUGUUUCCCGGCGCGAUGAAGUUCGAUUCGUCGAUCCAGACGACAUCGUGGCCGAUGUUCGAUGAAACAUUUCACUUUCCGUUGGCGGCUAGUCAUAAGUCUUCAUUUCGAGUAAAGAAGAACGAAUCCAAUCAAAAACCAGAACAGACUAUACCAGAGAAACUAUUCAACGGAAACUUUGUUGUUUUCACUGUUUUCGCUCUGCUGGAGUUACCGCCUGGCUACACCGCCACCUUCAAGCACAAAACGAUGACCUUCAUCCGCCAGGGUAGCCAGCGAUUGAAGGACAAACCGGUCAUCGGAAAACUAGUCAAGGAUGUGGAUCCACCGGAUGCAAAAAAUGUCGACUUCGACCAGAAGCGGAACCUUAAAAAGCUGACCACCAGCGAAAGUCAACGAAACAUCGGCUCGGUAACGUACUUCUUGGAGCCGAGAGAGUUCAAAGAGCAGUGCAAGGGUCGACUAUUUACGACCGAAGAAAUGUGGUUACCCAUAAAAGAUAACACGGUCACUCAACCGGCUGAAUCUAGAGUAGCGGUCUUCCAAAGCCCCAAAGGUCAGGUCGAGGUAACGUUACAACUUUGCGACUACACCGACGUCAACUUCGACCGAAAACCGUCCGACGAGGACCUCUCGUUCAACAUUGACGGUCCGUACUCACCUUCCCCUUCUACCAGUCCCAUACGACGGUUCAUGAAACAAUCGUCCUGUGGAUCUCCCAUUCCAAGCCCAAGCUCGCAAAAGAAUCGAUUCAGUUUCAAAAAGAUGGUGAAAAGUGUCAAAAACAAGGACAAAAAUCAAAAUGGACUUUGUUUGAAAAUUUCCACGUCAAAGAUUCGCUGCGGUAUCAAAGCGAAGGAGGAAUUCGAGGCAGUCAACGAGAAGAUCUACCUGAAGACGACGGUACUGGAGCAUGAGAUACUGUCUGCCACCUGGAAGUCGGAACCGUUCCGGCCGACACUAUCGACCCGUUGGAAUCAGGAGGACUGUACUAUAGUGAUUCCGUUAAGCAGCGAGAGCAGUUUAAACCACAUCUCCAUUCGGGUGGUGUUGGCUGCGAAAAAUCGAAUGGGUAAGAAGGUUUACCUAGGGCAAUUGUUUUUGGGUCCUAAUGCGGCCAGUACUAAUUCAGUGAAGCAGGAUCAAUGGCGGAAGAUGAUUGCCUAUAAGGGGUCGCCCAUUGAUGUGUGGCACAGUUUUGAGUAAUUGCGCCAAUGAUGUUCGAAACGCUUUAAACAGGUAAGGUUUGAAUGAAUGAUCAGUGUCAUAUAGUUUCUACUCUAAAAUUUAAAUUAAAUUUACUUAUAAAUACAUAUGCAUUUA